AUGCAUACAACAGCGGCGAAGUUCCGGCGGAGGGUGGAACAAACAAUCUCCAGUGCCACAGACGCGAUCAAGUUUAUACAGAGGCAACACUCAGUCAAUCACACCGCCCAAUCCAGGAAGGUUGAGAGCGGCGACGAAGAUGCUCCUGAUCGGGUGAUUCCGACGUUCUUCCUCGACUUCCUUGCCAUCCUGGGCAAACCCGGCGAGGCCGUCUCCAAGGCUACCGAUAGCCAUCCUCUCUAUUCCAUCAGCAUCUCCUUCAAGGACUGGGCAGCUCCUUACUCCGGCAAACACCUCAAUGCUGCCUUGUCCUUUAGCUUGACCGGACGCACAUUUAAGAUUAGAGCCGAUGGAUUGGGGAUGACGUGGUUUAUUAUCGUCGCCCCUGAUCCCAGAGGAGCGACAUUUGGUGAUGGCCGGAGGGAAGAUGAAGGGGAAGACACAGAUGGUGAACCGGACCGGCCAAACGGCCGAUCAGAACGUCAAAACGGAAGGGGGACCGGACCCGGAGAGCGGGCCAAGCCAAAAGGAACGGCGCUCAAGAGCUGGCGCGCAAAGAGACCUCCGGUUAACCUGCGCCGGGAACAAACAGCACCAGAGAGAGAUCCCGAUGGUGGAGCGGCGAGGCUGGUCCAUUACGCCGAGACCGCACCCGGCCUACGCCAGCUGGGCUUGACCGUUGAUGCUAUUUUUGACCUUAACACUAUAGACAGCAUAGCCUAUGCCCUCGCCGCCGAUAUCAACUGUCUCGGCAAUGGAGAGCCGAGUUGCCUGCUUGCAGACUUCAAGGAGGUCGACGAUCAGUACAAGGACCGCAAGCUCGCCAAUCUCACGCACUACGCGCUGGGCUUUAACCCUCGGCACGGUAACUUCACAUCAUGCUUGCCCCCCGACUUCAUAGACAACGUGCUACGGACGGUGUGCUCUAACAUGAGUUGCGAGAACGACAACGCCGACAUAGUUACGCCCGGCUACUUCCAAGGCUACUCCAACAUCAAGAAGACGGUGCGGUUCAACCCACAGGAUCUCCUCGCAAGCCAGGCCAUUGCUACUGCCGCGCUGUCCCUGCCAGUCUCGGGACCGGGCAUUACGCCUGCGGCGAAGAAGACGCAACAAAAGCUGCUAGACCAACUGACGGGUGAAAAUAGCCCGGAGGCCAGGUUUCGUACAAUCCCCUUUGUGCGGGAAGCAAGCCGGCUUGAACAGUGCAUCGAGGAGGGCGAGUACGCAUUCAGGAUGGAGCAGGUCAUCACCAUCUCCGUGUCCCAGCUGCUCCCAGAACACCGCACCAUGCCCAUGGUGCUGAGGCCGAUGACGCAGCUGAUCAGCUUCUUCCUUACGGCGCAGAAGGAGUACACUCAGGUGCUCAGAAUAUUCGACCCCGAAGCGUUUCCCGGAGUGCUGUGCGCAUACGCCAGGCUCUUCGAGCUCAUCGCGGCCUCGAUGCUCGCCCAGUUCAAGCGUGGGGGGAAGGCAGGGCUCACGGUGGAGCUGGGAGAAGCCAUGGCGGCUGUUGAUCGACUGGGGAGCUUCUGCUUUACUGGCGACAAGAGGGUGCUACCAAGCACGGCCUUCAGGUAUCUGGGCACGAUGGAGAGCAUCAGGAACCAUGCGUUCCCCUACAUCGACCCGGGGAGACUGAACAUGGCCGGCCAGGGGAGGAUGAACUUAAAGAACUGGCCGGGUGUGCAGAACCGCCGAGUGCACCUCCUACAGGCCGCGUCUUUACAGUACCACUACGGAAAGCAAGUGGCGGCAGGCCGGGAAUCUGAGGCCAGGGUCCAGCUUCUGUCACAGGAUGCCUAUGCUGCGGUGGAGUACAUAGAGGAGGUCUUCCGUAGUCACUUCGUGCCCGAGAUGCGGCAGUUUUUCGCAGGGAGGAUCCGGAGGCUUCUCCAGAAGCGGGGACGCAGAGUCGAGCUUUCAGACGAGCAACGGGAAAAGCUCCAAAAGGGUCGCCUAUGCCUUGAUGACUGGGAGGCCGCGGGUCAGAACGGCACAGCCGCGUUCAGCUCCGAGAGAUUUAGCAGUAUCGUAGCGGAAAUCAACGACGCCCUAGAUGAAGGGCAAGGCCAGCUGAAGGAGGCGAUUACAAGUGACAAGCUGGAGCAAGACAGAUAUGUCGAUCACAUCCUGGAAGCUCUCCAAUCUAGUAACGACAAGGCAAUGGAUAGGACCCUCAGCUCGAAGAACAUGACGUGGCUGGCCGUGCUGAGUUCUCUCUUCCGGCAGAUGUACAGCAAGGGAAAUCCGGAAAAGUCAACCGAGCAGAGGCGAUAUCACAUCGGGUCGGCGCUCAGACGCGACCGCGUCGAAUGGGUUCUGGGGAACUCCCGCGGGACCAUCACGGCGACGAUUGCCCAAAGGGUGCUGCCGUCAAUGGAGAAGAGCUCGUUGGUCGGCUGGGCCAUGAAUCUACAUCCUGGGAAUAGGGCCAAGGAGACCUGUAUCGACUUUGGGUGCACGUUUCCCCUCAGCGGCGGUCUCCCAGACGGGCUCGAGCGCGGCUUCAAACAACUGCUGGAGAACCCGGGCCACAUGAAGGCGCCUCACGCAGGGCUCACCAACCACUACAAGAAAGCGCACCGCUUGCUGGAAGAGCUCCAGGCAAGGCCCGAGGUCGGGCUCCUCUGCAUGCUGGCCUUGACAGUGGGCAUGACAUCAGAUAUGGUCGUGUACAACGUGCCCAGGGGAAGAAGCCAGGACGAAGUCGUCGGUUUCGCCAUCGCCGGCAAGAAGGUCAAACAGAAGAGGGGAAGGACGCGGGCGGCCCUGCUGGCAAUACGGAUGCUGUGGUUCCUCGAGCCGGACCAGUUCGUGUGGAAGAAGGCGCGAGGUCAGGAGAAGAGAGAGGAAGAGGCAACAAUGUAUAGCACGCAGUACGUGCGCGAGGCGACAGGUAAGCUAUGUUGA